AUGGAGAGGUCCCUCCGGAGCGACGGCGACCGCCUGUGCAGCGCCGCCGCCCGUGGGGACCACGAAGAGGUGAGGAAGCUGCUGGAGGCAGGCGUGGAUCCCAACGGGACCAACGUCCUUGGGAGAACCCCGCUCCAGGUGAUGAUGCUGGGCAGCCCGCGGGUGGCCGAGCUGCUGCUGCGGCGCGGAGCUGACCCCAACCGCCCGGACCCGCGCACCGGCUGCUUCCCGGUGCACGACGCGGCCCGCGCCGGCUUUCUGGAGACGCUGGCGGCGCUGCACCGGGCCGGGGCGCGCCUCGACCUACCCGAUGGCCGCGGCCGCCUGCCCCUCGACGUGGCGGCGGGGGGCCCGCACGGAGCGGUGGGGCGGUACCUGCGCGACCCGCCGCCCCUGCCGGGAACCGGGGGGGCCGCCGAGAAGGCUGCGCGCUGA